AUGUUUUGGUUCAGUGAUGAUGCGACAUAUGGUGACUAUUUCCGACGCAAUCAUAACGCUUUAGCCCAUGGCAGUUACACAGCAUAUACCCCUGGAAUUAAGGCCAAAGCGAAUUUGAUCUCUCGGCUUGGCUACGAAGCGCAUGGUAGUCUCAGUAUCAAUUCUGACCACGAUACGGACUUUGGUCCUGUAGGAGCACUGAACUCUGUGCACAUGUGA